CGGAGGGGAAAAAUUCCAAAGCAAAACCCAAAUCCUUUCCUUUCAAACUUUCAAACGCUCAAUCGAAUCAAAACCUUCCCCCCAAAAAUCCCACACAAACCAAACUGGAAAAAUCCUCCAUGGCGAAACCCCAAACCUUCGAUGAAUCCCGCUUCCAAAUUUCCCUUCGAAAUCCAAAGCCAAUGGCGCCCUCCUAGCCCUCCCUCUAAAUCCCCAACCCCUCUUCCCUUCUCCUCGAAGCCACUCCCAUCUCUCUCCCUCUGCUCCUCUCUCCCUCUCCUCUUCCUCUAACUUUAACCCUAACACUAGAGGAGCAGCGGAGGUACCAGGACGGUGGCCAUGGAGGACAAGGAGAACAGCGUCCGCCUCACCCGCGCGGCGGCGGCGAGGAAGAGAGGCGCCUCUGCAGCAGCUCCCGCCUCCCAGUCUCUCCCACACGGCCAGCCCCCGGCCAAGAGGAGGAAGCGCAAGGCCCUGGGCGAGCUCAAAAACAUCUCCAACGCCGCCUCUGGUCUCGAAACCCCUCCUCCUUCCAAGCCCAGAACCAGGUCUCGGGCCAAGAAGCAGGCAGAGGCUCGAAAGGUUCCUCUUUUGGAUGCCUCCGCUUCCGAAGAGGUCCGUUUCGAGGCCGAGGACCCGCAAAUGUGCGCCUUUUAUGCUCCGGAUAUCUACCAGUACCUCCGCUCCAUGGAGGUGGAGUCGAAGAGGAGGCCGCUGGUUAAUUUCAUUGAAACGGUCCAGAAGGAUGUAACUGCCAACAUGAGAGGGAUUCUGGUGGAUUGGUUGGUCGAGGUGGCGGAGGAGUACAAGCUUUUCUCGGACACUCUUUAUCUCACAGUAUCAUACAUUGAUCGAUUUCUCUCGUACAAUGCUCUGAGUAGGCAGAAAUUACAGCUUCUUGGUGUUUCUUGCAUGCUUAUUGCCUCGAAAUAUGAAGAGAUCAGUCCUCCCCAUGUGGAAGAUUUUUGUUACAUUACCGAUAACACUUACACCAAACAAGAAGUGGUGAAGAUGGAGAGUGACAUACUGAAAUUUCUCAACUUUGAGAUGGGCAAUCCCACCAUAAAAACCUUUCUUAGGAGAUUCACAAAGGCUGGGCAAGGAGAUGGCAAUUAUCCAAAUCUCCAACUGGAGUUCUUGAGCAAUUACCUCGCUGAGUUAAGUUUGGUCGACUAUGGCUGUGUUCGGUUCUUGCCAUCAGUUAUUGCUGCUUCUGCUGUCUUUAUUGCAAGAUUCACCAUUGAUCCAAAGGCUCAUCCUUGGAGCCUAUCACUGCAACAACAGACAGGUUAUAAACCUGCCGAGCUCAAAGAUUGUGUCUGUGCAAUUCAUGAUUUGCAGUUGAACAGGAAAUGGUCCUCUUUGACAGCAAUAAGGGAGAAAUACAAGCAGCACAGGUUCAAAUGUGCAUCGAUGUUGCUUUCUCCCUCAGAAAUACCUGCAUCAUAUCUUGAAGACCUGAAAGAAUAGUUUUUGCAAUUAUUUUGGUGGCAACUCAUGCAAAAUGGCAGUUGAUGGCAUUUAGCUGGCUCUUCUCAGAUAGGAUUUGGAAAAAGGAAAGAAAAAACCACCAUGUAUAAUACCUCUGUCAUAUGAGAUCGCUGACUUUUUUUGCCUGCGUUGGGAGGAAGAAUGGAUAAGACUUGUUGCUGAAGUGGCAUUAAAAUCUGUUUUGGUUGGAUGAGGGGAUCCAGUGUUUGCUGACAGAUUAGACGAGUUGCUAGAAUAUCUUAGUCUUUUAUUGUUGUUCUGAUAUACAGUUCUCUAUAGCCAAUGGGAAAAGCAGACUAUGUAUGUUAAUUGUACAUGUAGAGGUUUUGGGAAGUAAAGACAAUUCACAUAUACUCUGGAUAAUUCCUGGUACA